AUUUUUCAUUUGUCAUCAACAAAUUUGCUUGAUCAAUCUUGUGCUAUCCCAUUUUUUCUAUUUUGUUUAAGUUAAAUUUCAUGAAUUGAAAACUAUGAACAAGGACAAUUCUCCCUCCGAAAGUCUCGUUAACUCGAGUGCUUCGGAAGAUAAAACCGUGAAGACUUCAAUGAGCGCCAAUAAUCCUUCAAUAAAUGAUAGCUCACUCCCAGAAAGAUUGCCUGCCAUGUGUGGAUGUGAUUCUCAAAAUCGGGAAGAAUCUGCAAACUCCGGAGUUCAACUAUCGGAUCAUGCGAACGAGUCCCUAUCGAAACAAGCUGAUGACGUUAUAUAUGAGGGCGGGCUGGAAGAUAAAGAUUCAGUAUUCCGUGCAAUUAUUGAAGACGAUGAUGCUUGCGAAGUAUUAGAUGAUGGAAUCGAUAAUUGCGAAGUGGAAGUGCGAGGAAUUAAAUAUAGAAUUCCAGUAGCUAUCGAGUGUCACCUCUGCAAUGAAAUGAUGAACUUGUGUUUGAGGAGAACUCGUUAUCGUGGACAAGCACGCGAAUACCCAGCAUACCGCUGCAACCGCAAAGGAUGCCAAACAUUUCGAUCCAUUAGAAAAGUAUUCGGGAAUUGUAUGUCAGAUGUCGAUAAUUCUGGCGAUGCUACAACUCGUACUAUGAUUUAUCAUCCACCACAUAAAGUUCGAAAAACUUCACCUGGAGAGUUUUCUGAUGAUGAUAGCAAAGAGUUUGUUGUUCAACGCGUCUAUAUACCAAAAAUUGAUAAUCGGAAUAAGGAUCAGUCGGUCAAGUCUUUAUCGGUCACCGACCGAAUGAGAAAGGCGAACCAGGAUCGUGCGAUUGUCUUCUCAGAGUUUGCAGAUCAACUUCGUCGAGAUAUUGUUGCUAAUAAACGUGUGAGAAUCAAAAAACAUGUAGAAGAGGAUCAACAAGGAACAUUAUUUUACAUCAGCAAGGAGCUCAAUCCACAAGAAGUUAUUGAACUUCAAGAUGUCAUUAUUAAAACACUCAUAUCUAUGAGAAAAAUUCCGCCUCCUAUGACGAUGGACGACUUGCCGCUUUUCGCCAAUUGCCCGUACUCCAAGAAAGCAGUUGAUGCUGGGUUAGCAAAAUCACAAAAUGAUUUUUGGAUAGCCUUUGCCAAUUCGGCACAACCUCCACUUCCUGCUGGAUUUAUUAAACGGAGUGACGACACACUUAUCUACAGAGAUCCCAGACCAUAUGUAGUACCAGAGAUCCUGAAACAAAAUUCACCACGCAAACAAGCUAAUGCUGUAGCUAGUUAUCACGAAAGAAAAAUAGAGCAAGAUGCAAUUAGGAUGAAAAGACGACAGGUCGAAAAGAAAUGCAGAUCAUUUGCUUCUCUGAAAAGAGAAUUUGAUAUGUCUGAAACUGAAGAGCGUCCGAGACCGAAAUUGCCGAAGACAAUAUAUCAAAAUACGAGGACCCACUCUGAUUCUCUCACUGAGAGGUCUCGCCAUUUUACUUAUGACGAAUUGAAACACAGCAUGGAAGCGAAUGCUGAGGGCCCAUCGACGUGUAGAAUUGGUAUUAGCAGAUCUGAAAGAAAUAGUGAGUCAUUGCAAUGGAUUGGUUUGAAGACAUACGAAGAUAGUACAGAUGGAUUCGCAAAGUCCGUCAAUUCUGAAGGUGAACGUCAGCAAGGAAUAAAUGGUCAAAUUGACGAUGAAGUCUUUGAGGAUGAAUCAAGAUUCAAACCAGUAGCGUCAAUGCAAGAUGUGAUGAGGACAUUGUCUACUCCAAGCACACUUCGACCACCUGUGUCUCCGCUUAUGAAAUCAUUCAGUUCGAUGGACAGCUCAAACUUCAAGAAUCCAAUCAACGCUCAUCCACCAAUGUUCUUCUCGGAUCCGCAUUUCCUAAUCAACAACAAUCAGUUCAACAGUCCAACACCAUUCUAUGCUCUGAAUAGUUAUUUCCCUUCAUUCCCAAUGGAUUCUAGCCAAGUCUAUCAGAAUGCUACUGACGAGCAUUUCACCCCUAGCGGAGCAUCCGAAGUGGUCUGCACUGAGCAAACGCCAGGCCAUCAUUUCACCUACAUACAUCCAGACUCUGGGGUUCGUCUCACCGAUCCGUCAGCCUUCUUGACAUCAUUUGUCCCAUCUCCUAUCACGAAAGUUCCUCCAAUCAAUUUUAAUGACGAAACGUCGAGGUCUCGUUCUGCCUCUGCGCCAUCAACUUCUGUUUACAACACUGGCGAGUUCGAAAGAUCACACAAGAAGUAUGAGAAUGAGGAAGAUGAGAAGCUGAUGGACAAUCAAAACUUCAGUGACGAACAGCCGAAAGAAUAAUGUUUGUUUUCUCAUCCAAUCUAUUUGCAUUGUUUUAUUCCCACAUUUAUCGUUUUAUUGCACUUGUUUUAACCAAUUAUACUGUAUGUCAUGUUAUUAUUUGUACUGCACUUUCCUAGUUUUCAUGUUGUCAUUUUUAUGCAUGUUAUUCGCACAAUUAUGUGAUUGUUUUCAUUUGUUUAUUAUCAAUUCAAAUCGAAUACAGUUUCAUGCUUCUUCUC